UCGUAAUCAGCUGGUAGCAGGCGAACGGCGCAGUGAAAGUGGCGGAGGGGCAAACAAAGAAGCGAGCGAGCGAUACAGCGACAGUUGCGAAAUGAACGCCAGGGACGGCGGAGCUGCGCCGAAAUAGAUCGCGGAUCUAAACAGUAAUACCGUGUACCUCUGAAAACGCUGACUGCAGGCCCUUUGCGUGUGUUUGUGUGUGUGUUCGCAGUGUUUAGUGCUCAGUUAGUGUAACCUGGCCAUUCCUCUUACAGAUCAUAUGAAAUGCCAUCGCUUCUAGAGGCCUUAGACAAAAAGUAUGGGAAGGAGGAAGAUGACACUUUGGACCUGGACGUACCCAUAGCAAUCUACGUUCCGAAGAAAGGACCCAGAAGGUGUAUCCCGUCCCUGUUGGUGCUAAACGACUGUGAUAUUGAAUCAGCCGGAGAUGAAGACCAGCUUGGACUCAAAUGUCAUGGUGUAGAGGAGUUAGACUUGGCUCAAAACAGGCUGUCCAGAUGGAGAGAGAUCUUUGGCAUACUGCGCCAGAUGCCACGCAUCAGAUUUGUCAACUUGAGUUUCAACGACCUCCGAGAGGACCUCAUGUUCCUGGACAACAAUAAUUCUUUCCGCUUUCUUCGGAACCUGGUGCUGAAUGGCACGCGGAUCGACUGGAAGAGCGUCCGCAGCCUGCUGAAGAUUCUUCCCAGUCUGGAAGAGCUGCACCUGAGUUUGAACGAGUACAGCCACGUCGACCUGGAAGCCACCUCCCCAGUCGGCAGCAGCAACGGCAGCGCCAGCGUCGACAACCGAGAAGACCGACUGCAGCAACAGGACAGUAGCUCGCGCCCCCACCCGGACCCGCAGGUGGUGCUGCGUGGCGACGUGCCGGCACCCGGCGAUGAUGCGCCCUGCCUGCCGCCACACUACCAGUUCACCGGUGUCCGGAGGCUCCAUUUCACGGGGAACCCCAUCACACAGUGGUCGGAAGUGGCGAAGCUGGGACGCGCGUUCCCGCAGCUCGAAUCCCUCGUGUUGGCAGAUUGCCCACUAGAGUCGCUCGACACAGGGACAGCAAACUUCGGUUCAGACAGCGGCUCAUCAGAGGAGAGCGAAUGCGAAUCGUGUGGCAGCAAAGUUGGAGUGGGUGAACAGCCACACACCUUUUUCCGGCAGCUGCGCUUCCUCAACCUGACGGGCACGCACCUUCGCUCGUGGCGUGACAUUGACCGGGUCAGCCGGUUCCCCCAGCUUCAGUCCCUCCGCAUUUCUGGCUGCCCACUGUUCGAGGACUACACGGAACAUGAGCGGCGGCAGCUGCUCAUCGCCCGGUUACCAAAUGUCCAGACGCUGAACGGUGGAGGAGUCAUCAGCUACGAGGAGAGAGAAGACUCUGAACGGGCAUUCAUCCGUUACUACAUGGACAAGCCCGAAGCAGACAGACCUGAACGGUACAAUGACUUAGUAGCAGUCCAUGGGAAACUUGACCCUCUUGUCCAAAUUGAUCUCAGUCCAGAGAAAAAAGUGAAGGUGCGAGUGACCCACGGCGAGAGCAGCGAGGUGCGCAGCAUGCUGGUCACCCAGAUGGUGUGCGAGCUCAAGCAAAAGCUCAGCUCCUUCUGCGGGUUGACGCCAGGUCGCAUGCGGCUCUUCUACAUCGACCAAGACAUUGGCACCCCUGAGGAGAUGAUCUACCCCAAUAAGCGGUUGUACUCCUACAAUAUCAGGUCAGGGGAUGAGAUACUCAUUGAUGCCAAACUGCAGAUGCAGCUCAGCAAAUAGGGCUAUGAAGCAGCUCACACCUCUUCCGGUGAUCUUCCAGUCUCCCAGGAGGUCACGCUCCGGGGCUCACACGGUCCGUGUUCAGAGCUCCCGUGCUGUCCCUCGGGCAUCGGCUUGUUCGCGUUUGAUUGUUUAUAUUCUGUGAGCAUAUAAUGAAUGGCUGUGGGUACUGAAAGGUUACAAUACUAGGUUACUUAACAGGGUGCAGGUCACCGAUGUAAACCACAGUGGAGACCCAGCCUGUGGGCACAUACAUAAAACAUGUAGCAUUGCUUUGGUGUCACUCUGUCCUCUGUGGGCUGUGCAGCACUUCUGCUUCAGUAUGCUGUCAGCAUUUUGUUACCCCCUGAAAAAUAUGAUCUCAGACAGGAAUCCAGUCAUACAGUAUGUGAAAAGGUGAGAAUUAAUGGACUAUAUUAGUUCUUUGGCAUCGCCAGAGGCAACAAUAGAGACUUUUCCUGUGUUCACAUGUACAAGAUAAGUCUAAACAAAGUAAUGGAUAUAUGAGCAAAGAUGGAAAUCACUUGUACAACUUGAGCUUUGUUCUUAGUUCCCUGAGUGGAUGGCAAAAAGUGUAGUUACAUUGAUCAUCAUCUCCUGUAUCAGGAUUGGUUUAGUUUGGCCCACUCAGGACAUUUUACAUAAAGUAACAAAGCUUUGGUAGAUGUUUUGGAAAAAAUACAGUGUCUCCAACAGUAGAUGCAUAGUUUGCCACAAUCAUACUGUGGGUGUUUCCAUUUACAGACGAUGUUCUUGUAGAAAUGACCAACUACUUGGAAGAUGACAGAAUAGGAAUUUGAAGCUAAAAAGUUCAUAUAGACAUAUGUUCUAUUCGGAAUGGUUACACAGAUAUUUUUAUUUAUUUAUACCUGUAGGUGCAACGGAAGACUUGAAAUUAAAAAGACUCUAAGGGCUGAAAUCGUGAAUUUGAGGAAAAUGAAUUUUAUGUAUGCUCACUAAUGUUCAUUUAAUUGCAGUAUUAAUGUGCUUUAUAUGAAAGUUAAGCAUAGUAUGAUUCUAGUUUCUAAAAGAAAUUACAAACAUUAUAAUGUAAUUGUAUAAAAAACUGACUGAAUGUGGAAAUGCUAUGGAGAGCUCUGAGUGCACUAGUUCAAUACUCAGCAGAAAGCUAGUAAAAAGGACAAACAACUGAAACAAAAAUGUUCUUUGUUCAUACACUAAAUGCUAAUUCUGGAAUACUUUUGUAAAACUGUCUGUGGUUAUUAUUUAUCAGGUACUAUGUCAUUUCAGCCAAAUUUUUCAUUUUUCUUCAGAGACAUGGCUUGUAACAUCCAAAGCAAAUAGUUGAAUUUCCUUCUUGUGCACUCGUUUACAUUUGGUUUCAACUACAUGAGGCUUAUGUUUGUCCAGCCAUAACCACUGUACUUUGGAAAUGUUUAGUUUUGCUGUGUUUAUAUUACAGUCUGCUGCUUUCUUGAACUUUAUUAAGUCAGAUGCAUUCGUGUUACUGACCAUAAAUGGCUUUAUUUGUCUUUAUUACUGUGUUGUGUACUUUACAUCUUCUGGAACAAUACAUUUAGUACCUAUUUUUCUUUUCCGCUAAGAAGUGACAUGAUACUUAUGGUUUAUUUCUUCACAAACACUGAUUAUAACUAGAUAUAUCCAGAGAAAGAGAACAUGCAGCAAUUUCAUUAGCACCACGCCCUGUCAAACCCUUGUGCCACAGAGUCAUGUAUACACCAUCGUUAUCAGUAAUUUGCACACCAAAGUUGUGCAUGACAUAAAACAUUUGACUAUGUGUCAAAGAUGGAACGAACAGCUCUUGUUGCAAAUCAAUGGAUGUUGUACAAAUUACACUACUAGGUUUCUCAGGUUUGUUCUGUUUCAUCGUAGUCAUAGCAUUUUUGGCCGUGUGUUGAUGUAACUCCAGAUAAGCUGUCAGUUCUUUUCCUCAUGAGGGUUAAUGAGAAUCUGUGUAUGUAACUGGUGACACUUGCCACACGUGUCUGAACAACGAUGAUGAAAAAGGAGCUUAGGGAAAUGUUUCCUAAAAGUAUCUUAACAAAAAUGUUAUGUGAUGUGUGAAUCAUGGUUGAUGUUCUUGAAGGCACUCAACAUUUGAUGUACAGUGAGAUCAGGACAUAGAUAUUCCUUUUCAGUUUUGCAUCUGCUGUAAUGGCUUUGCUCUCGUGGAAAAGAUUGUAUAUUCUGUAACAGUUGAUAUUCUGUUUCGACACAGAAUUUUCUGUUGUGUCUUAUUGCCUGUUGGAAGUGGUAAGGCUUUUAUUCUUCUUUUCAGUUAGUACCCAGAUUUUCUUUUUAGUUAAUGAAAAUGUUUCAGCUAACGUUCCUCUGCCUACUUGGACUAAGUGACGUUGCGAAUGUGGAACAGUUUAAUGAACAGUUGCUGUUUCCCACUCUGUGAAGGGUCGUCGUAGGUACCAUCAUGUCUUCUCUUAACAUGAUACUUGCAUCAACCCCUUCAAGUAACUCCCCUGCCUUUCAGUAUCUUCCACGGCAUAAAAAUCUUCAAACAGACUAACUUAGUGUUCACAGCUGAGGUUCUCGCAUUUAUUCAUGCAUGCUCAAAGAGGAGAGCCCUGUGAACUACACCUCACAACCCCUGUUGUUGUUGUUGUUGUUGUUGUUGUUGUUGUUGUUUUCUCUCCCCCUCAAUCAACAUAAUUUAGUUAGACCUUACUGUUGCAAGAACAAGAAUAAAAAUUUUGUCCAGGUACAGUGCAGACUUAACCUCCUCCGCCAGAUGAGCUUUUAAAGGAAUACAUUUAUUAUUCCCUGCAUUUUUCAGCUUUUUCCUCAUUGCAGCCACAGUACCUUGUCUUGUAAUUCAUCAUAUCUUUCCACUUAAAACAUUACAAACCUCUUCUAUUUUAUCUAACAGGGAGGAGUAAGCGCAUGGAACAUAGUGCCAUUCGCAUUUUAACAACAGUGGCUGUUAAACCUCAUGCCAUCUGUUGAUUGCUUUUGGUACAUUUUCAUCAUGGCAUAUAGAUCCCAUUUUACACAAAGCGUCAAAAUUCUUUAUUAUGGCACUUGGAACCCUUUUUUAUUUCAAGUCUUCAAUUGGGAUGUUAUCCCAGUGGCAACUUCAACAUUUAACUUAUAGAGAGGCACAAACAGUAUUUCGCUUACCACAUGGCACAAAUGAGAGAGACAUUUAUUUGGAUUCUUUGUGUUGCCAUGUGUGCACUUCUUUGCAUUGGCAGUAAUUUUGAAUAAUUCUAUAAUAAUAAGUGAAAGUCACGAGCAACCCAUUGUUAUCACUAUUGAUUUUAAUUUUUUAAAACAAAAUAUGUACAUAAAUUUUAAUCUACAGACUUUUCUAGCACUUUUCAACACGGUCUCCAUUUUUUCGUAUACAAUUUUUGCACUGUCCAGAAAAUUCCCUUGUGGUAAAGUUGUUUUGCAUGCCAGUAGACAGUGAUUAAUUUUAGCAGUCCUUCCACUGCUGUUCUUCAAGAUGGUACCUGCCUCCUUAACUGAGUUUGUUAAUGAGUGCCUGAGUGGUACUUGACUCUGAGGUUAGCCAGUUUGAGUCCUGGCAGUGGGUGAUAUAUUCAUUGUCAGGAUUUAGCUGGCAAAGGGAGUAAAGGUGGUGGUGUACAGUUCCUGCUCGCCGGUCUUUGCACCGAGGUCACAGAUUAAAUUCCAAACCUCUCCACACUGUCUCUCAUCAAGUGAGGGCACAUGACACUGUCGAUGGUGAUCUGUUCGUCAGGUGGCUAUGUUAUGCUUGGUUGCCCCCACGGUGCUGUUGAAGGGCAGUAGUCUGUGUGUCGGCAUUGGGCUUCACACUAUAUGCUCAUCUACAGUUACACAUGCGACAAUACCACACAUUCUCAAAGGAGGAGGCCAUUGUCCACAACAAGACCUCUAUCCAAGACAGCAUCCGAACCUACCCCUUCAGGUCUCCUGGAUGAGCAUACCAACAACUUUACUUUUAAAAUGGUAAUCAGAGAGUGUGACUGUGCCCUUCCUGUGAGGUAUACUGAAUAAGACGCCUAUCCCCACCUUCUUCUUAAACACACUUACUUUGAAAUUACAUAUCACACCACUGACUUGAGGGUUAGAGCUCUGCAACACCUAUCUGUUAUUGUUUGCCACUGUCUCCAUUACACACGCGAUAUAAGGGAAGUAGGUGCUUUUGUUACUAAAUGAUUUUUACUGAUGGGCCAAUCAAAAUAGAUUUAAAAAUCAACACUAUUUACUUAGAAGAACAGUGGCUUCCUAAAACGGUACAUAAGAAGAAAGCACUUCAUCAGCUACCUUGUGCCUGGCACCAAAGAAGACAGACCCAAACCAAUGCAAAUAAUCCCUGGCAUGUGUCCAGUUGGCAUAAAUUUUUAUAUCUUGGGAGCCCUGGACAAAUUGAGGUACUGCUAACUACAAUCUAGAUUCUCCCACAUGGGUCUUAUAUAUUAAUUCACAUCUCGUAAAACCUCACCAAAUAUUGAGCACUUUCAGCAGAAAAUUAUUUAUUGCAAUCCAGCAGCUAUCACCGAUUUCAGUACUAUCAUCAGAAAGAGGCAGACAGUAAGUGGUAGCUCGUCAAAGACCUGUGUGUUAAGACAAGUUAUGAAGCAGUGUGGACUGAGGGCUGGUAUUACAUCAGUUGCUGAAAUUCUUCACUGACAGUGCUGUCUGUGUAGUAUGUUGUGAUAGAACUCCAGAAUAGUAUAGCAGCAUCCCUAGGGCUCAUGAAACUAGCUCCAAAGUAACUAGCAGCUUUGUAUUUUUUCUGCUGAGCACUCCUAUACAGAGACUUCUGUCGAGUGCCCCAUCACAGUGCCUUCUUCCCUAAAGACCAGAAGCGGUGAGCAAUUACUAUUUAUACUAAAUCUUUGUCUCUAAGUACUUGUGGAGCGUAAUAAAUUUCAUUCAUGCACUUUGCCAUGCCUCCUUCUUUGCAACUCUUCUACUUCUAAAAUGUAAAAAUGCUGCAUACUAAUUUUGCAUUCCCCAAGUGUCCACCGAAAGAAGUAUCCUCGCAGGAGAACUGUGCCAUGAACUUAAGGAUUCAGCAGAAGUAUUAAUGUGCAAGUAUUCUGUAAGACAUAAGGUGUGGAACCCAACCUGUAAUGUCAGCCAGAAACCUCACCACAUUCACCUCCAGUGAGAAGUGCCAUAAUGUCAGCUGUGUUGGCUCUCAAUGCCCCUGUUCAUAUUAGGGUGGUUGUUAUCAUAGUGGAGGAUUGUCUACCCCUCAGGGCAUAUAUUGUGAAAUGCACGGCAGAACUUCAAAGAAAAUUGAUCAGAUACGGCCCUCCGCAUCCCAGAAAACUGUGGCCCAUAGGUUUCUCAGUGGCAAAUCCAAAUUCAAAACUCUGACAUUUAGUUUCAGGCUCAUGAAUAGGGAAGCAGCUUUCAUUGCCUGUCAUCGUAGCUGUCAAGAAAUCAUCCCUUUCAUUUCAAAGUAUCUGAAGAAGGCAUUGGAUGUGAUUGUUAUUUGAAUUUUGUGCUCUUUAAACAUAAAUUACUAAUUUUUUAUUACUCGAGUUUUGAAUCGCUUUCUGCAUUACACUGUCAUACUGCAAGUUGAUUCGCAGUAACACACCUGUCUUCUCCAGUGAACUCACUCUUUCCUCACUGCGUACUGUGGAGGCGGCGCAAAGGAUACUCGAGUUUACACCUUCUGGUAUUGUCAGCACCUCUGCAUACAUCUCCUUACGCAAAUGGAAGUCUGUGAUGAGUUUCAUCAACAUGUUUUCCUUCGAGGAACACGUUUCAAGGAAUUCGGUGAUAGCAUACUGUUAAAACAAAUCAUCAAUGUUGUUCAUUCUGAAAUUACAGCCUGUGAUCUCGCAAUAUAAGUUAUGAUGCCAGAAUGUGCCAACACAUAGCAUAAAGUCCGUAGAUUAUGAUAGUGAAUUCUCUUUUAUUGGAAUUGCAGUUGUAACAAAGGGUUCCUCAUGACUUUCAGUAUGACCCCCAAUGUGUUGUACUUCACAAGGAGUUCAUAACAGUAAAUGUGUGUAUAUCCUUUCACCCUCCUCCUCCCACCCACCCCGCCCCCCUACC